AUGACUCACCAAAUCAUCAUCGCGCCCCCUCGAAGGCGCGCUUCGACUCAAAUACGCCAUCUCGCUCGCCUCGCGUCGCCCCUCGUCCUCACACCCAACGCCCCUCCCUCGCGUUCGCGUCCCCUACCUCCGCCUUCGCUUCGGCGCGUCGUUCAAUCUCCACCGUCAGCGCGUAAAUCUCUCCCUGAUGCCUCGAUAUCGCCCUCGCGUUCUCUCGCAGCGCGUCCUCGUACGUCUCCUUAUCCGCCCUCGUCGUCGCGUCGUCCGCCGCCGCCUCCUCCAGCGCCUCGCACGACCGCUCCAGGUGUUUCACCGCGUUCACCAACCUCGAGCGCUCGCGCGUCAGCGCCUCCGCGUCCCGCGUCUCCGUCGUCGUCGUCGUCGCGCCUCCGCGUCGCUUCGCCGUCGUCGUCGCGUCCGUUUCAAACCGCGCGUCGUCGUCGUCGUCGUCCGUCCCGAAGCGCGUCGUCGUCGCGCGCAUCCACCGGCGCGAUGCCGACGCGCGCCGUCCGUCGAGCGCGUCGCGCGAAUCGCGCCGCGCGAAUCGCGCCGCGCGUCGGCGUCGCGCGUCGAAGCGGCGUCGCGCGUCGCGCGAGGUGCCGACGCGAAUCCGUGUCCGUGUGGUGCGCCACGCGGGAGGGUUUUUGUUUGACCCGUAACAACGGAUUGGGAUCGCCGAAUGCCGAUCGACGCGCGACGCGGCCGCGCACCGACGCGCGCGGGAUGGAGACGCUGCCGAAACGCGCGCCCGCGACGACGCUCGCGGACGUCGUCGAACGCGUCGCGCGCGCGUGCCACGUCGAGCUUCGGCAGCUCGUCGAGCGAUGCGCGGGCGCGGACGCGCGCGCGCGCGCGGCGGAGCUCGCGCGGUACGCGCACCGCGCGCGGCAGCGACUCGUCAGGUGCGCGAUCGUCGAGCGGUGGUCGCGGAAGAGCGCGAAGAUCGCGACGGUGGCGACGAACGCGCACCUGACGCUGCGCGCGCACGAGGAGGCGUUCGCGAAGCUCGCGGAUGGGCUGUUUCAUUUGCACCAACAAAUCGAGUGGGCCAAGGCGCCGGCGUGGGAUCUGGCGGGGGCGCUGAACGUGCUGUGCGACGGGGACUACGAGCUGGGGAGGGAGAUAUCGGAGAUCGGCGUCGGGCGAGUCGCGGCGACGGAGGAGACGGAGGAGACGGAGGAGACGCGCGAGCGGAGGUUGGACUUCGAACGGAGAUUCGAGGAAGAGAUGACGGAGCGAUUGGUGCGAUCGAAGACGCACGGAUGCGCGACGAGGGACGAUCACUCGGAGUGGCCGAAUGAAAAAUUCAAGGUGUUCGCGAUCGGGGGGGGGAAAGUCGAGGUGGGGGUCGAGGGAGAGUAUCGCGCGACGCUCUCGCUCGGAGGACCCGUGGCGCCGAACGCGACGGAGCAACCGCGGUACGGAGGGUGGCGCGUAGAAACGAUAGAGAUGUUGGCGGGGGACGAGAAAGGGGCGAAGUUCGAGCUGAACAAAGCCGAGACGCGAAAGUUGGCGGACAUGGCGUGCGCGAGCAUGGUCGGGCUGCCUCCGUUUGGUCAAAAGCUCGCCGACGACGCGCCGCCGUUGGAGCCGUUACAUCUCAAAGGUUUGCACGGCGUCGCGAGCGAUGCGGUGCUGCUGAAAUCCGCCGCCGCAAUUCUCGCGCAGGCUGGAGCGCUGAAGGACGCCGCGGAGCGUGCGAACUCUGAGUCGCGCUGGUCUCGAAACGCCGUCAAGGUUGAAAUCGUCAAGGGCGAAGCGGCGGGUAUUUUAAAGGGCGUACGCGUGGCUUUUUGGCGUCAAAACGUCGCCAGCGCCGACGAGGCGGGAAUGUUGGACGUUUCGUUCAACCCCGAGACCGCGGAUUUGCGCGCCAAGGCGCGGGCGCCGGGUGAGGCUGAGUUUUUCGAUUUGCCCGUCAAUUACGCGCGCGUCGAUUUGGAAGCCAUCCUCGUCGAAGCCAUCCGUAUAGCGUCUAGUAAGAAAUUGCACUCGGUCUCGACCGAGGUGAGCGGGGAAAAAUCGUUCACGACUGUCGUGGAAGAGUCGAUGACCGCGGAGGAGUGCGCGUGCUCAGAAGACGAAGACGCGUGGGGAACCGACGCUCGACCCGCGAUUCGUCUCGAGAUUUCGAAAUUCACGAACAUAUUCAUCACCUGUCGAAUUUCUGACGGUACUUUGAUCCUGCACGGUGCGGGUGAGCUCGUACCGUCCGCAACGGAGGCAGAUCUUUCAAAGAGAUUAGCUCUUGAAGGGCACGACGCCAUCGUCAGCAUCGUCGAAGAAGUCUCCGUCGCCGUCGAGCAGCAAGAGCUCAAGGGUUUGCUUCGCACGUCCGGGACGUCGGUGCAUCCUGCGCCAAAAACCUUAGGCGGCGAACCGUGGAGUACUUCGGAUGCAGUCCCGAGCGGCGUUGCGCCGACUGCCUUGGUACCCGUCGUGCCGAGCGACGGCGGCGUCUUCGUCGCGACUUGGAUGGGAGCGACGCCGACUUUCGCCCUUGUCAGAGCGCAUCGAGUUAACCCGGCGUCGAGAUACAUCGCGCAUUCAGUCGAAAAGCUCAAUCUCGGGGCGCGAAAAGGCUCAAAGGCUGAUGUCGUCGUGAAAAUGAUUGGUGAGGCGUGUCGCGACUUGAGCGUCGACGCGCAACGCUCAGCGUUGAUGCGCGCCUUGAAAGAGCAGCGCGUCCCCUUCGUCGACAUUCGGCCGACAUCGAAAGGAACGAAAAAAGCCGCAAACACCGUGAGUUUUGAGAUCGUAAACACUUCGCGUUGGGCGCAAAGUAAGUACAAACGUGCGAUAAAGCAGAAAUCUCCGCUCAAGGCGCACGUCACGCUACGAGGCAUCGACGGCUUGUCGGCGAGCAUCGGUGGCGAAACGCGCGCUUACGAGCACUCCGAGUUCAUGAUACACGCCUUUCUAGCGGACGUCCGGCGUAUCGCCGCGGCGCAAGGGUUUUUAUCGGCGUUAUCUGAUAAUGAUUCCGGAGUAGAUUUCGCCAAGCUCGGAUGCAAGUUGAGCCGCCAAGCCGCCGAUGUGGUUUCAAUUUCGUACAAAGACUCCAUCGAAUGUACCAUCGAAUGGCGCCAUAGUGGGUAUCUUGGUCCGGGUUUGUACGCCGACGGCGAACGACUCAGCUCGUCGGCCAAGCGCGCGCUCAGCGUCGCCGCGCGUGAUGGCCGAUGUGAGAUUUUUGCGUGCGCGCUUCGCGCCGUCGAAGCGGCGGCGAGCCAUUUUGCUCAACUCCACGGUGACUUCCAACUCACCUUUGGUGCACCGAGUGUUUUAUCAAUCGUGAGAAUCAUCGGUGUCAGCGCGAUGCGGGUGUGUUCGAUUGGAUUCAGACUCGACGGUUCGGUCUCCUUCGUCGUCGGUCGAGGAGGAGACGGCGCUCACGACGACGGCUCCACGAACGAUGACGAGAUGAACAUCACGGACGACCACGAAGCGCUCAUUCCCACGCGCCCCGAAGGCUUGACGCAGUAUAUCGACGAGAUAUCCGCCGCCUUGGAAGGACCACUGGGGUCGAAACCAAAGCACGGAGACGCCGUCGUCGCGAACGCGUCGUCGGCGUCGCCGGCGCUCGCGGCGCUCGCGAAAUCAGUCGUGGCGAAGUGA